CAUUACAUUCUCGUGUGCUGGUGGUGUUUUUUUUUGUUUCUUUCGACAAACAGUGUGAAUUGUGAAUCAAGCCGAAAUAGACAGUGGCACGAUAGACUUUCCAGCCAUAUCAGGCCCCAUCAUGCGCUCGAAAGCUCAGGAGGACGCCCAAGUGGGUCACCAACAGGAACAGACACCAGUGGCCACAAGCAUCUUGCCUUCCGCGCCCGGGGGCGCCGACAGUGGCUUCUUUGACUUCACCGACGAGGAGGGUAGAGCUGUGCAGCAGCAGGCUGAGACAGAGGAACACAUUAGACCGCGUCGCACAUCGAAAAAGCUCCAGUCGCUCAAUACCAUGUACGACAUGACUGAUUCGAGCUCACAGAGCGACGACACGACAAGUGGCACAGGAGAUGGUGGCUUUGGGUGUGACGGUGGAAGCGGCGGGGGCGCUCGGAGGCGAGGCAACUCCCGCAGAAGUGGCAGCCAAGUGGCGGUGAGGCGGCGAAAGGGUGUCCUCAAUGCCAAGGAGCGGAAUCUCAGACGCUUGGAAUCCAAUGAGAGAGAGCGGAAACGAAUGCACGAUCUCAAUAAUCAAUUUCAGUCCCUGCGCGAAGUGAUUCCACACGUGAAGAAGGAGCGACGACUGUCCAAGAUCGAGACGCUCACCCUGGCCAAAAACUACAUAACAGCCCUGACAAAUGUCAUUCUGCAGAUGCGCGGCGAGGGCGACGAGAAGUUAAUUAACAACGACAUUUGCCACUACUGUACCUGCAAGUGCGGCGGUCUGAGGACCCCACAGUCAUUAGACGCCUCCACCACCGUGUCCCCGACCACGCUCAGCGACGACUGCAAUACAAUGGUCAAGAGCAAGGAUGCCAAUCAAAGACUCCAGAUGGAAUUCAAAUUUGAUGAGUCGAGCUUUUAUUCCGACUCAUUUCCGCUCCUAUAAAUCCCCAAUGUGAU